CUCCACGUCAAAGAGAGAAGAUAGAACCAAUAGCCUGUCGCCCGUGACGUCUUGCUGACUACUCGUGCAGAUCGUGCCCAAGUGUGUUCGUAAACUGCUCGUCAUCGAUUGUGCGACGGAACGGAUGAGGAUGGCGGCGACUACAGCUGGGCGAACGGCGGAUGGAGCAGACGUUGAUGCUGACGGAUGAUGACGACGAGCAACAAGAGUGACGAGCGCGUUUUGCUCCAGUCGUGGAAGACGUACGAGUUUCAGUUGCAGCAAGCUUCGCUCUGGAUCGCGAUCGUCACGUUUUGCACCGACCGUCCUCGACACGUCCGCCAGUACUACUGCCCGCUCUCCCUACAACUAUCCAGCAGUAGAGCCAUUGCAGGCGGCGCACGUCUCGCUCGCGUGCGCUCCCGCCGUGCUGGAAGAUCGGCGGAUGUGACCCCUUCCCUGGUACAGAUCGCUGCUGCCCUAGCCCACCGCCCCGGCUACAUAGAAACCCCACGGCGCACGAGUGCACGCGUGUGAAGAGUGCCACGGCCAUCUACAGUCCUUUCGAGGCGGUGGAAAAGCCUUCGAUGCGGCCUCGCGGUACGCUCAGCGCGGUGCCCACGAUCCAAGCGGCGCAUUGCUGCAUGCGCAGCGAGGGUCUGAAGCACGCCUAGCUUGCGCAUCCGUGGUACAAAGGCCGCCAUCGUGCUCUCGCGUUCUGCAAAGCACAUCCGGCGCCUCGCCGACGCCGACGUAAGAAGGUAGAAAUACAACAAGCAUAAAAAUUAGAAAACAAAAAUGAACCGUACGCAAG